GCUCCUUCCUCUCUGCGCAUGGGCGGAGCGCAGACGGAUCCCUUGUUAUUAUUGUCCGCGCGCACACAUCCACUUUUUUUAUGAAAAUGGCGGCGAGUCAAGGCGGAGCGGGUGCCGUGGCGGCGCUGCAGGGCCAGCCCUACCCGAGCGUGCCUCAGUGGAACCCGGUGGUGCUUCAGCACCAGCAGCCGCUGCACACGGCGCGAAGCCUGGAGCGCGCGCUGGAGGACGCCGUCUGCUCGGGCAUCCUCAACAUCAGCGGCAGGAAGCUGCGCGAGUACCCGGGGCUCAGUUACGACCUGACGGAUACCACACAAGCAGAUUUGUCCAAGAACCGAUUUGGAGAGAUCCCCCCUGAAGUGUGCAUGUUCGCUCCGCUGGAGUCGCUCAACCUCUACCACAACUGCAUCAAGAUGAUUCCAGAAGCUAUCGUCAACUUACAGAUGCUUACAUACCUCAAUAUCAGUCGGAAUCAGCUGUCCAUUCUGCCCAAAUUUUUGUUCAACCUUCCUCUCCGGGUCUUAGUGGUCAGCAACAACAAACUGGUAUCUGUUCCUGAUGAGAUUGGCAAAGCAAAAGACCUCAUGGAACUGGAUAUCAGUUGUAAUGAAAUUCAGGUGCUUCCUGCUCAGAUGGGGAAACUCCUUGCCUUACGAGAACUUAACAUCAGGAGAAACUGCCUACAAGUCCUACCUGAUGAGUUGUCCGAUCUGCCGUUGAUCAGGUUGGAUUUCUCCUGUAAUAAAAUCACUGAAAUCCCUCCUUCUUACCGUAAACUCAGCCAGCUGCAGCACAUCAUCCUCGACAACAACCCCAUGCAGUCCCCCCCUGCACAGAUUUGUUUGAAGGGGAAGAUUCAUAUCUUUAAGUUUUUAAACAUGCAGGCAUGUCGGCUGGAUAAGAAGCCAGAUUCACUGGACCUCCCCACACUUGGCAAACGGUGUUUACCACAGCAGCUUACAGACAGUAUAGAGGAUUUUUACCCAACUAAGAACCACGGACCCGAUUCAGGUAUUGGCAGCGACAACGGUGACAAAAGACUAUCCACUACAGAGCCCUCUGACGACGACACUGUCAGUCUACACUCUCAGGUAUCUGAGACAGCGCGGGCAGAUGCCCACUCACUGCUGUGCAAGCUGGACUCGAGUAAAGAUCAGGACCCGUAUGACUUCAUUGACCCAAACCAAGAUGAAGAGGCAACGCUUUCUGAGGGAGACCUGCCACGGAACACACCCUAUGUGUCCUGUAUAAAGGAGUUGGAGAGAGUUCUUAAAACACACCAAAGCAAAGACAAAGAGAACUGGAAGGAAGAAUCUGGAUCAGAGAAAGAGCAGCUUGCUGAGGAAGAGGAGGAUGAACUGAAGGAAGUGUUGGACCUGAGGAAGAUAGCAGUGCAGCUUUUGCAACAGGAGCAACAGAACAGGAGGCGGUCCUUAAUUUGUAGAGCAGAAAGUCUAAUCCACCGUAGAAGGGCUGCAGGAAGAGCACACAGGUUUCUCAGUCAUUCAGGAGGAAGCAGCAAGCAGAGAUCUCCUUCACAAGCUGUUAGGAGUGCAUCACUGGAUGAGGGCACCAGUUCAGCUUCAGCAGUAUGUGGACAGGAUGCGGACCUCACAGAUGAAGAUGCGGCUUUCUCAGAGCCUUCUUCCUCCUGUUCGUUCGACGGAAGCCUCAAGUCAGAGAACAGCGACUCAGAGCCGAAAUGGCCAGAACUGCCCCCCAUCCUGAACCAGAAUGAAGAUCGCAGAAGAAACAAGUAUCUGAGGAAAGACUAUCUUAAGUACAAGUGUCAGAGUGCACGAAGAAACUCCACCGACAAUGACUGUGAGGAGGCUAUGCGCUCCACUGACUUCAGCACAACCUUGACUGUCUUCGGUCUGAAACCCCGAUCAGCAUUUUCUCGUAGCAGUCGCCAAGAAUACAGCUCCACAGACCCCAGCUUCACCAUGAGGAGGAAGAUGGAACAUCUUAGAGAGGAAAUGGAACAGAUAAGGCUUCUACGGCAGAACCUAGAGUCGAGGCUGAAGGUUUUGUUGCCAGAUGAUGUUGGUGCUGCUUUAAUGGAUGGUGUUGUUCUGUGCCACCUGGCCAAUCAUAUUCGCCCUCGCUCUGUGGCCAGUAUUCAUGUGCCCUCUCCUGCUGUACCAAAGCUGAGCAUGGCUAAAUGCAGACGAAAUGUAGAGAAUUUUCUGGAAGCGUGUAAGAAGCUUGGUGUGCCACAGGACAAGUUAUGUUUGCCUCAUCAUAUUCUGGAAGAACGAGGCUUGGUGAAAGUUGGCGUAACCGUUCAAGCCUUGCUGGACUUGCCGUCAUCAAAGCCCACUCAGCUGUCCACCAUGUAGCACUACAAGACAAACCAGGAUAUGACCCUGAAAGUGGGAUCGGCAGACGUCCUCCUCCACCUUGCGUACUGCCUUACCUCCCUUUCUCACGCCCCUGUCUGUUAACCUUAAGACAGAUUUGAACCCUCUGGCCUUUUAUCUGUUACAUCCUUUUCUAGCUGACAGAUGCUGGUGCUUUUGCUGGAGCUGCUGGCUUAUUGCAAAGGUUUCAUAAUGCAUAUUAUGUUCCAUUCGGGCCUCAUCAACCUGCUGAUCCAUAACGCAGAAACUGUUUGCAGCAGUUGAGUCACUAUUUACAAAAAAGAAGAUACUGAAGAAGGGACACCAAGCAAAAACAACAGGAAAUCUAUAUUACUGGUGAUCCUCAGGAGAAGUACGUGAUCUGUUGUUUUAUAGGAAAGCCAAAAUAUAUGUGGAAAUACGUGGAAAACAAAAGGAGGUAAUUAAAUCAGGGUUUAGCAGAAAAAAACAUAGCAGUCACAGGAAUUAUCAGCACCGCGUCAGCCAUAAAAGAGAAGAAGUCUUUUGGCUCAUUCCAGUACCUUCUGGCAGAGAGACUAAUGGGAGUUUCCUCCACUUCGUUUGUUCUAUGAGGGAAGAGAUUGAGAAAAAACACUUUUUACUUAGUGUUCCAAGAAAAUUGAGUGUACCCCAUUGGGCUCUCUUUCCCUCUCACUCAGUUUUAAAUCGCUCCAUCUGUCUCUCCCGUUAUCUUUGUUCCUUUUGUCUCUUCUCACGCUGAAUUCUCUGGACCAGUGAGCCUGUAAGGGGCGAGGAGAGAAAGCCAUCUGACCGCUGAUUGGCCGAUAAGGAACAGUGGGCAGAGAUUCGUACAGAAUGCUGGGUGCCCUUCUCUCCUGCAUGAAGCCAAUAAAGCUCCAUCACGGAAACAUGCCUUCAACCUCCAUUCCUCAGCGCAGGAGCAGCGCGUGUUGGGGUGGUAGAGAGCUGCUUGUACAUUUUGUAAAGAUGAACUCAGAAGUGUGGCUUAAUGUAAGUGAAUGAAGUUGACUGAUUUGUUCCCCUGGAUCCGAACCCUAAAGGUGACACAUUCAAAUUAACAAUAGCAACAUUACAACAUUAAAAUGUUCAGAAUGAUCCACAAUGUCCCAAACAGCGGUGUGGAGCUGUGUAGCAGUGCACUAAAAAUAAUUUCAUUUACUGACUUAAUGUAGAAAUGUUUUGUUUGAAUUCACAAUGUAGCUCAAUAUGAGGAUGCAUCCAUGUGUUGAAUCUACUUUCACUGCAAUCUCUGCUCAUUUUAGUCAUUUUAAAACAUUUAAAACAAUGUUUGAUGAUUUAUUUUCUAUGGUUUGAUGUAGCAUUAAUGUUUUCUGAGAUGACUUGUAAAAAAAAAAAAAAAAGUAAGUCAUUAAUGUAAUAACAUGUACAGAUCCAAGGUCCAAGGAUACACACAUACAUCAUCUCUCAAUGUCUAUUGAGCAGUCAAUACAGAUGUGUCGAUGUUUACAGAUGUGCAGAACUGCCAAGAUCACACAAAUAUACAAUUUGUACAAAGCCACACCUAAAGAGUGAAAAAAAAAUAAACAAAUAAAAGGAAUGGUCUACAAAAUACCUACAAAAUUAACAAAGGAAAAGGCAAAACACUUUAAAUUAGUUCCUUUUAUUUAUGAAAGCUACAUUUUCCAUUUGUGUUAACCAUUUUUUUCAAUCAAUGAUUUUUAUUUUAUUACUUUUGUAUUGACUUUAAAAUGUGGCCCUGCAUUAACUCACCUUUACAAUUCUGUCCAACACUGAAGACAUUAUGCAUUAUGACUGCCAACACUUUCAGACUAUUAAGUGUGUAAAGAGAUAUGAAGGAAAUUUCCAGAUAAUUAUUUAUGUAUUUAUUGAUUAUUUAUUCCUUGGUUGCUUUUCUUGUUAAACCAGCGUCAGAUAUGUCGUGUGUCAGGGUUCUUCAGUUUCACUCCUAGAGAGCCGGCAUCCAGCGCGGUUUGUUGAUUUACAUACUCAAACUUACCUCAUUCAGAUUAUUAGUUAAUUACCGGAAAUUAGUUAUGUUGGUUUAGUUAGGUGUAUUUGAGCAGGGAAAUUGCCAAACUUUCCAGAGCCAGACCUGAUAAAACCCUGUUUUAUGUGCUCAUGAAAACACUUUCUGUUAUGCAGUUCUUUAAAUAUAUGUUCUGCAACAUGGCUUAAGAUUUAAUAUAUAUAUAUUUUUUUUAAGCAUACGUGUUUUUAUGUGUGUGUAUACAUAUUUAAUGCUGAGUUCAUGCACAGGUUCUGUGGAAAUAAUCCCAGGUUGCAUAUUACUCAGCAUUCUGAGUAAUUCAGAGUCAUGGUGACAGUUUGUCUUUAUUUUAUUAUUUUAAAGAUGUUUCAUCUUUGCUGGAAGUUCUUAUUUUGCAACUCGGGUGACAAAGGCCCGUUUAUUUCACACGCGGACUGUUGACAGCUAUAUCGUUUUCACAGUGAAAAUGAGCCAUGUUUCCGGCUUGCUGCAGUUACUAUCACGAGUGAUUCAUCACACAGGCUUUGCGUCUCACUUGAUGGAGAAUUUGAUAGACGUCAGAUUUCUUUAAGUAUUUAUGAUUCUACAGCAGUGCAUUGAAAUGGUUUAAGAUGACAUGUAAACUUUGUGUGUGCCAUAUUUCUUUGAACACAUAUUUGACUUUGAGGUUCCCACAACACAUACUUGUAGCGUCUUCAUGCUAAACUGUAGUCUUGCAGAGCCAGAUGAUCGUGUAACAUGAGUACAUACCUGGAAACAUGCUUCUUAACAGCCUGUCAUUGGUGCCAUGUAAGCCUGAAUGGCUAGAAAUCCCCCACUGUAAAAACAGUCACAUGCAAGAUCUUGUGUGAGGUAAAUACACAAUAGUCACAUCAGGCAGCAGUAAACAGGAGGUAACUGCAUGGCCUUUAUCCACAUGGUUGGGCACAUGCUUGUAAACGCACGUGUGGAAAGCUGUGCACCUCAGUCCAGCACAGUUUUGUGCAGAUAUUUCCAGUUACAGUUGAAUUCACACUCUUAAUCCCAGAAAACGCUCUUAUUUACCUUUUAAAAAGCCAUUUAAAUGGCUGAUUAAAGGGCUGAUUACUGUUGUUUUGCUCUAUUCCUCGGGUUUUGAGUGCUCGGCGCUGAUUCAGCUCUUGAUUCCAUCUGGAUGCGAGACAGUGCGAGGGUGAGGGCGGGGCUGGUGACGUCUUGGGCACGGCAUUGUUUAAUACACAUUCACAUUACCAAGCAUUACUAUUUUUAGCUUCAAUGUUACACAGAUCGGAUCAGAUUGAAUGGUCAGGUUGGAUUUCAUGUAUCUUGUUUCCUGUAUGCCUGUGAUUAUUGGUGUUGGUGAUGGAGGCCACAGUUCUUAAAGGAAAGCCUGUUCACUCACAGCCAUCCUAAUGAAUGGGAAAAUACAGAUCACAAGACCAAAAUACUGUUAACUGAAUUUUCAUAAAAACAUUGUAAAGAGUUUGUAGCAUUUGUCUCAGUAAUGCACAAACAACAAACUGUACUCCAUGUUGUUUUGGCUACUGCACUUGCGCAGAUCUCCACAUCAAGGGGGGGCUCAACCUUUAGUUGUUUGCUGCAUAACUAGCAAGCUGAUUAACUCUUUGUGGAAAGAUGGGACUUUAUCCAUUUAAACACAUCUAAUAUUUCAAUUAGCGACCGUUCGUCUCAUUAAUUAUGUCAUAUGUCAUAACCUAUCAGUUUGCGCUGAUCUGAGCAUAAUUGACUAGUGAUGUGAAUGUAGCCUACAUGUCUAGGAAAAGAAAAAAUAAAUCAGUUAAAGCUUUUUGGUUGUUUUAUUUUCUGACAAAGUGUUUUGCUAGCUAGUCUACAUGUUAUUUUGCUAAUGUACUCCAUGCUUUCUUGCUUAAUUGACUGGAGAAAUAUGAGAGGAGAUUUUAAAGGGAAAGCAUGUAGACGUUGCUUUAUUUGCAGUGCGUUUAACCACUAUCCAGCACCAAACUUUUAAGUGUACAAAAGAAGGAAUUGCACUUGUAUAUUUUUUAUUUAAAGACUAUGUUUAUGCCCAAGAUAGAACUAAACUUUAAUUGACCAUGCUUGAUACAGACAACAAAAACAAUAUUAAUAUGUAUGAUCUUAACUUAAUUUUAUGUUCUGUAGUUGUUUUAUUUUAUUUUUUAUUUUUUUCCUUUAAUAUAUUAUUUUGUUUUAAGAGUUUUUUUGUGUGCAACUUUUGUGUGCCAAAUAUAAUUUUUUUUUCAAGUGUUCAAAUCAGCAUCCUUAAAUUGGGCAGCUGCACUUUUUUCCAGUAUCCAUACUCUUUUGACAGUUGCAGAGCUUUAUUUUUAGCCACAGUAAAUAACCUUCUACCCUAAAACUAAUUUUGACCUAUCUUUGCGGUUGUCUUUAUUGGUUCUGUUUAUUGCAGUCUCUCACUGUGUGCAUGUUCUGGCACGCAUACUAAUUUGUCACAUUUUUCCUUUUCUUUCUAUGGAAAAGACUAUUGAUUAUUUGCCAGGUUUUUGAGCAAAAGCCCAAAUUGUUGGAUGAACAACAGUCACUGAUUUAUUGAUCACUUCCUUUGUCCGGCUGAGAUUCUGAAAGAAAUCUCAGCAGUUGCCUCUAUCAAUUCUUCCUAUAUUUGCUUAAGAGAGUUUGGGGGAGCUUCAAAAAAACAGGCUUUUGUGAGCAAACAUCAUUCCCAAAUUUUCUGUGUUGUGUUACUUUGUUACUAGUGCCAAUGAAAUCAUCACUGCAGGACACAAAAGCUGUAGACUGCCAGUUUGCCUUCUUGGUUUAGUAAGAAGUUGUUCCCCUCACUCUGUUUCGCACCUUAUUCUUUCAUUACUUAAUGCAGCCAUAAUGGUUUCUUAUCACGCUGAAGUCCUCCUCUAUCACAUGAUACUUGUUUUUCUAAGGAGCUAGUGCACUACACGCCAGCCAGCACAUUUUCGUAGCAUGUAAGUGACAACUCACAUGAGAUCGGGAAAAACACUGGUACGAAUUCAGACUUUGUAUAAUUGUAAAAAGAAAAAAAAAAGAAGUUGCCGUUUCACACACAGUUUGGCCGGAGAGGAUGCUACGUAAAAUGCGUGGUAUACAGUGUGCGUGUGUGUGUGUGUGCGCAGGUGGAUGUUUUGUAUGAAACAAGAUCUUGAGUGCAUGCCUGAAUCCUCAGUGAUCAAGUCACCGUUUCUGUACAUAAACUCUGUAUAAAAAGUAUUUGAACCUUUCUUACAAAAAGGCAACAAAAGACAUGUUUGAGAGGUCAUGAAGUGGAAAAAAAAAACAUCAAAUAAAAUGACCUUUUCCAGUUA